AUGGCCAUGGCAUUUCGCCUCAUUAUACUCGCACUGGUACCGCUGCUGGCGACCGUGCUCGCUGCUCCUUCCCUUCCUAGCAGCAAUGACACUGACCUCGACGCGCUGCUCGCGUUCAAGGCGCGGCUGUCCGACCCACUCGGCGUCCUCCGCAACAGCUGGGCCACCAAUGUGUCCUUCUGCCGCUGGGUCGGCGUGUCAUGCGGCCGGCGCCAGCGCCAUCGCGUCACCGCCCUGGAGUUGCCGGGCGUGCCCCUCCAUGGUCAGCUCGCCCCUCACCUUGGAAACCUCUCCUUCCUCUCUGUUCUCAACCUCACCAGCUCCAACCUCGUCGGCUCCAUCCCCGCCGACCUCGGCCGGCUGCGUCGCCUUAGGCGGCUCAAUCUUGCACACAACAGCUUGUCUCACUCCAUUCCAUCUACCUUUGGGAACCUUACAGGUCUCCAAGUUCUUGAUUUGGGCAGCAACAUGCUGUCUGGUCAAAUCCCAACAGAGAUGCAAGGAUUGCGCAACCUUGCCUACAUAGCUCUGCAUGCCAACUACUUGAGUGGUCCGAUACCUGCUCAUCUGUUCAACAACACACCUCUGCUAAGCUAUGUUUCCUUUGGGAACAACAGCCUGUCUGGGUCGAUACCUGACAGCGUCAGCUCCUUGCCCAUGCUUGAUUUCCUUGGCCUGCAGCGAAACCAGCUCUCUGGACCAGUUCCCUCGGCCAUUUUCAAUAUGUCUAGACUUAGGAUGCUGUAUAUGGCCAGUAACAAUCUGACUGGCCCUGUUCCUAGCAGCAAUGGCAGCCUUAGUCUCCCCAUGUUGCAAGUAAUAUCCCUCUCUCAGAACUACUUCACAGGUCUGAUUCCUUCAGGCCUUGCUUCGUGCAAGAACAUCAGGAUCAUCUCUCUAUCUCAGAAUUUCUUUACGGGUCCUGUGCCGGCAUGGCUGGGUGAGCUGCCGUUCCUUUCCGGCCUUUUAGCUGGGGGGAACGAACUUGUUGGGCAAAUCCCUCAUGUUCUUGGGAAUCUUACCAUGCUCACCAGGCUUGACCUCUCAUUCUGCAAGCUCAAUGGAGAGAUCCCGAUUGAAUUGAGCAAGUUGAGACAGCUCAAUAUUUUGGAGCUUUCAUCUAAUGGACUCACAGGUUCUUUUCCUGCUUUUCUUGGCAACUUGACAUCAUUAACCGCAAUAGGGUUGGCCCUCAAUCUACUGACCGGGUCAGUACCAGCAACACUUGGGAACAUGAGAUCACUACAACUCCUCGAUCUUGGAUCAAACCGCUUCCAAGGGGAGCUUGGCUUCUUGGAUGGUCUCUCAAAUUGCAGGGAGCUCCGUCUCGUAAAUUUGCAGGUGAAUGAUUUCAGUGGAGGCCUUCCUGACUAUACUGGAAACCUCUCCAAGAAGCUUGUGAUUUUUGAUGCAACUGGCAACAAGUUGACAGGAGGAAUUCCAUCGACAAUAUCAAAUCUAAGUGGUGUCAGCUCGUUGAUCCUUAUGAACAACCAACUAAGCCAGUCGAUCCCAGAAUCCAUCACGACUAUGGAGAACCUUGAGAGGAUUGACAUCUCAGGGAAUAGCUUUGUUGGUCCCAUCCCGGCGCAAAUUGGUAUGCUCAAGAGACUGGUACAAUUAUUUCUCUACAACAACAAAUUCUCUGGUUCUAUACCAGAUGGCCUUGGUAAUCUCACUUUGUUGGAAUACAUUUCCUUGUCUUAUAACAAUCUGUCCUCACAUGUGCCAACAAGCUUGUUUCUUCUUAAUAACCUUGUUGAACUGAAUCUGUCCCAUAACUCUCUGACUGGUGCAUUACCUUUUGAUCUCGGCCACAUGAAACAGAUUAACAAAAUAGAUCUCUCCAACAACAACUUGGUUGGCAGCCUACCAGAUUCCUUUGGACAGCUCCGGAUGCUAACUUACCUAAGCCUGUCUCACAACUCAUUUCAAAAUUCUAUUCCAUACAGUUUUCGUAAUUUAAUUAGCUUAGGAACACUAGACCUAUCUUCCAACAACUUCUCGGGUACCAUCCCAAAGUACUUGACAAACUUAACCUACCUCACAAGCCUGAACCUGUCCUUCAAUGAGUUACAAGGUUCGAUACCAGAUGAAGGUGUUUUCAGAAACAUCACCUUGCAAUCUCUGAUAGGAAACUUCGGUCUGUGCGGUGCUCCCUGUUUAGGGUUUUUGCCAUGCCUUGGUAACUCUCACCCUGUUAAUAAUGGACAUUUGCUAAAAUUCCUACUACCUUCUUUUGCUUUAACAUUGGCGGCUAUGGCUAUGUGCCUAUACCUGCUGAUAAGAAGGAACAAUCUGAAGCAGGGAGAGGUAACACCUGCUGCUGAUGGAGUUGAUCCAGUCAGCCAUAGGUUAGUGUCCUACCACGAGGUUGCUCGUGCCACUGAAAAUUUCAACGAGGACAACCUACUUGGAGUUGGAAGUUUCGGAAAAGUUUUCAAGGGCCAACUGGACGAUGGUUUGGUGGUGGCGAUAAAAGUGCUCAACAUGCAAUUCGAGCAGGCCGUGAGGAGCUUUGAUGCUGAAUGUCAAGUGUUGCGGAUGGCCCGGCAUCGCAACUUGAUACGGAUAUUGAAUACCUGUUCCAACUUGGAUUUUAGAGCACUGUUGCUUCAGUAUAUGCCCAAUGGUAGCUUGGAGACGCACUUGCACACUGAAAAUAGCGAACCACUAGGAUUCAUCAAGAGACUGGACAUUAUGCUCGGCGUGUCGGAGGCAAUGGAGUAUCUGCACCAUCAUCACUGUCAGGUUGUCCUACACCGCGACCUGAAGCCUAGCAAUGUGCUGUUGGAUGAGGACAUGACGGUGCAUGUUGCCGACUUUGGCAUUGCGAAGUUAUUAGGCGAUGACAACUCCAUGGUCUCAGCGAGUAUGCCAGGGACAAUUGGGUACAUGGCCCCAGAUGACGAGGGUGUAUGGGGCUGGGAGGUUUCUGGUGCCGGGAAGGGGGUUUCGGUGCAGGAGUUCACGUCCUGGGUCAUCUCGACUGUCCCCGGGCUUGGCAACUGCCUCUCGCGGUAUGUGCAGGACAGGUUCCGGUCGUCUGAGUCUGAUCCAGCGAAGGAUGGAUUUGAGAACAAAGACACUUUCUACGGUAGCUCUGGGUUCCUAUGUGCCACAUAUCCAAUAUUCCGCAUGCUUCUGCCAUCGGGUAAGGAGAAGAACAUCAUGUAUUGCCACCUGCAUACUCAACUAAAGACGUAUGAGGCAACGCCAAAGCCUCUUGGCUUAGCAUUCGGUGGAUCAAUUGGAAACGAGAGGAUCUUUAUCGACGAGGACUUCUCUAAAGUUACAAUUCGCCAUCAUGCAGUUGACAAGACUUACCAACAUGGUUCUCUCAUUCCCAAUCAGGGUUAUUUACCUGUUGAGGCUUCAAUACUUGACUUCGAAGUAUGGGGGCUUGGUGGACAAACAACAAAGCGGCAACAGGAUAUUUUCAAGAAGAGGGAGGAUAUUUUCUCAGGGCAGCGGAGAAAGAUUGAUCUCGCAGCUUUUGGCAAUUGGGAAGACUCUCCAGAGAAAAUGAUGAUGGACAUGGUUUCUGACCCAAACAAGGCCCGUCGGGAAGAACGUUGA